AUGAGGACUCGAAAACAGAAGAGGAUUUAUUUUUCUCAUUUAAAUAGUUCUGAAGAUGAGGGAUAUGACUCAACAUACUCGGACCCUGACUACACAAUUAUUAGGCAACAAAGAAGAUCUAGAAGCAACAAUGUGGGCUCAUCAUCAUCAAACGCUCCAACGCAAAUGGCAGAUCGUACUGUUCAAAUGGAGGGAACAACACCUGAAAUAGGAAGCUCUAGCAGAUCAAAUAAUGGUAGUGCUGUUGAGAGGAGAUGUGGACGUCGUCCAAAUUAUGGGGGUGAACGAGGACCACUAUCUAGACAACCAAGUAAUCGACUCCUAGCAAGGACAACUAGGAGAAGUAGAAGCUCAGACUUGCAUCAAACGCCGAGUACUUCCAACAAUAGCAGCGAAGUACUUUCAAGCAAAAAAACAGUCCUGUCAUGGUUGAUUGACAAGGAGAUAAUUCAAAAAAAUGAGCAAGUUUGGUACAUGGAUGAGAGCCACAAUGUUGUGCUUCAAAAGGGAAAGAUUACUCCGGCUGGUGUGCUUUGUUGUUGCUGUGACAAAGUGAUUACAGUUCACGAGUUUGAGGGUCAUGCCCAAAGACGUGACCUCAAGAUGCCAUAUGACAACAUUUAUCUCGUUAGAUUGCAGAGUUAUCUAUUAUCCAUUAUGGUAAAGGCAUUGCAACGAGAGGAUGAAGUCACAUUCAAUCUUAUUCAACUACAUAAAAUUGCGUCAGAUAGAAAUGAUGACGCCUGCAUUAAUGUACCUCAAGGAGAUUGGCUAUGUCCUCGCUGUGUUUGCAAAUUUUGUGGUGCUGGCAGCAAUACAGAAUGCUUAGAAUGUGAAAUGAAAUAUCACGAGGAAUGUCUUCUGGAAACAAAGGACAUAGAUCUCAAUUGUCCCAAUGCAUUUUGCAGCAACAUCUGUGGGGAGAUAUAUACGAAGCUUCAACAGAUGGCGGGAGUAAGAAAUGAACUAGAUAAUGGUUAUUCUUGGACUCUCCUGCAAUGGAUGCCAGCAUGGACGUCGUCUAAAAGUGGUAAUCAUCUACAUAAAAUGGUCGAAUGCAACUGCAAAAUUGCAGUAAUAUGGACCGUCAUGGAUGAAAUCUUUUUACCCAACAUUGAUCGGUCUAAUUUAGUUCGGUUGAAUUUUGGACGUUUUUUCACUGCUGUGUUGGAACACAAUGAUGAAAUUAUAUCAGUCGCAUCCUUAAGGGUGCAUGGAAACAAGCUAGCUGAGAUGCCAUUUGUUGGAACCUGUGAAAAGUACAGGGGCAAAGGAAUGCUGCAGAAACUACUUACUGCCCUAGAAUCUGCCCUUUGCUUUCUGAAAGUGGAAAAUCUUGUGAUUCCAUCAGUACCUGAGCUUGUUCCAAUGUGGAAGGAAAAGUACAGCUUUUCCCCCAUCAGCAAUAGCUUGAUGAACGAUUUAAUCUUCACCAACACACUGAUGUUUCCAACUGCUAUCAGACUUCAAAAAUCCUUGGCACUACAACCCACAGACCCAACCGAUGCAGAUGAUGAUAAAUUGAACAGAGUCGCACUUCCAGACCUGAAUCUGGCACCCCCAGAAGACGAUCUUAAUUAAUAUCUUAUUUUGUUUCACAGUGUCUUGUACGUGUACCACUGUCAUACCAUUAUUUGAUUAUUACAUAAUUAAUAAUAAUAAUAAGCAUACAAGGUAUGUAAUAAGCAAACAAGGGUAUGAC